AGUAAAUCAUACUUAGGUCACUGUACAUAGAUCAAUCAAAUUUUGUACCUGUAGUGGUCUAAAACUGUGCAUAAUCUUCUUGAUCAAUUUUUAGUCAGGUAUCAUCAACACAUCAGUGUUUCAUCGUGCAUUCAAAGAAUGGUGUUUUGCCAUGCAUGAAGUUGACAUCUUACAAGAAAAACAAUGGGCAAAUUGCCCAUCAUGUUUUAGAUCCCAACAUUCGUGUCAUGUUGAUGGAAACGCUAAACUUUAUAGAUACAACAGUGUGCCAAGAGGUGAAAGAAAAUGCUACUAUGAAAAUACAUUCAUUGAAGAUGAUGAACUGGUAGAGGAGCACUUGAACAAUGUUUAUUCCAACAACUCAGCUAAGGGUCAUUCAAGUAAUUCCUAUUGUGGUUCCUCUCAUUGGAAAGCUGCAAGGAAUACGGUCAACCGCCAAUCCAAACUUGAUGAAACUGGUCUUGUUGUAGCAGGCUGUAGACAUUCUCUGGCUCAAUCUGCUGUGAAUAUGCAUCAAGGUGAACUGUAUGGAUACACACAUUAUUUGCAAAUCAACCGACUAAUUCACCAUAAAGUUAAGUUCUUAUGGCAAGAUGUGAUUUGUAAGUACUGGCCUUGGUUUAUUUCGCUUCCCAAAGAUUUGUCACCUGAUGAAGCCUUUUUGAUGGCACCAGCAUUAUCUAUCAUGCAUGGUAAAGCUCAUGUUUGGUCUUGCCAGGUAUUUUAAUAAAACAAAUGUUAACCAAUUUUAAUUAGGAGAAUCAUUCAAAUUGCAUACUUAUAAU